AUGGCUGCAGAACAGAGAAAAUUGCUCGAGCAGCUUAUGGGCGCUGACCAACUGAUUGGUACUGGUGCCCAGGGUCGCAAUGCUCAGCUUGCCAUCACAGACGCGAAAGUCUGCCGCUCCUACCUUGUAGGCACCUGCCCUCACGACCUCUUCACCAACACCAAGCAAGAUCUUGGCCCAUGCCCGAAAGUACAUAGCGAGGGAUUGAAGACGGAGUACGACACAGCUUCGUCGGCAGAUAAGGCAAAAUGGGGCUUCGAAUUCGACUACAUGCGCGAUAUGCAAAAGUACAUUGAUGAUUGUGACCGGAGGAUCGACACGGCCCAGCGCCGUCUGGAGAAAACGCCGGAUGAGAUCCGACAAACUAACGACCUGCUUAAGCAAAUCGCCGACCUCAACAACACAAUCAACACAGGCCUCCUGGAGGUCUCCGUCCUCGGCGAAACCGGCUCCGUCGCAAUGGCCAUGAACGAAAUGCAUAAGGUCCGAACAACUAAAUACCAAAAGGAGGCUGCCGAGCGCGAUCUCAAGAACCUGCAGGAUACAUCUGGUCCCUCCGGACACCAGAAGCUACAAGUUUGCGACGUCUGCGGCGCCUACCUGAGUCGACUUGAUAAUGACCGUCGACUGGCUGAUCACUUCUUCGGAAAGAUGCAUAUGGGAUACUCGGAUAUGCGCAAGACUUGGAAGAAGCUUAGCGCUGAGCUGAAGGGUCGUGCGCCCCCAGUGCGUCACCACGAGGAGGAAGAUCCGUACAGUGCAGGUGGUCGGGCAAACGCUGGCCGUGGUUCGCGUUAUGGUGGAGGUGGAGGCGGUGGAGGAUACAGACGUCGUGGUGGACGG